AAAUUCUCCCACUUCUCCCACCCAACUCAAUUCCUCUCCAAUCAGAAUCUCCAUCGCCGCCGUCUUCUCCGGCCAUCCGCCAAAUUCGCCGCCGAUGGAGAACAUUCUCGACGAGUAUCAGUACUACUGGGAAACGAACAUGUUUCUGCAGACGGAGGAGUUCGACAGUUGGGGAGUGGACGAAGCGUUUUACGGUUCUUACGAUUCAAGCUCGCCGGACGGAACGCCGUCGUCGUUAGAGGCGUCGAAGAACAUCUUGUCGGAGAGGAAUCGGAGGAAGAAGCUGAACGAUAGGCUUCUGGCUCUCAGAGCUGUGGUCCCUAAUAUCACCAAAGUAAGUCAAAUUAUUAUUAUUAUUAUUAUUAUUAUUAUUAUUUACUGAAGAAAGUAAUUUAAAUUGUAUAAAUUAUAAAAAUAAUAUAUCUAUUG